AGUAGAAUAAAGAAAGAAAGAAGCUUGAAGUUGCAAGUUCCAAGUCCUCGAAGUUCGUACACCAAGGCCUCUCAGCUUCGUCUCACUCGCUGCCCAUCCCAUCCCAUCUCAUCCCAUAUCUCCAUCUCUCUUUCCCUCUCUUCCAUUUUCUCUCUCUACAUUUAUCCCAUUAAUUAAUCAACUUUAGUUAUUAAUUAUCCACUACUCAUCUUAAUCUACACUAAUUAAUCCUUUAUUUCCUCUCUUCUGUCGAGUCGGAGAUUCAAUCAAACUACCACAACUUCAAUCUGAAAUACAUACAAGUUCAAAAAUGGGUGAAACUGCCGCCGGAAACCACCAUCCUACACCGUCACAUACGGUGGCGCCACCACCUUCACAAUCACAUCUCCCUUUAGGUGCUGCUAAGGGCCCACUUUUUCAACCUCAAGAACAACUCACUACUCUCCAUUAUUGCAUCCAUUCCAAUCCUUCUUGGCCCCAAACUUGCAUACUGGCUUUUCAGCACUACAUCGUGAUGCUAGGCACAACUGUUCUAAUCACCAACUCCAUUGUUCCAUUCAUGGGUGGUAAAGCAGGGGAGAAGGCCCGUGUUAUACAAUGUUUGCUCUUUAUGUCGGGAAUCAAUACACUUAUUCAAACGUUGAUUGGGUCUAGACUCCCUGCUGUUAUGGGUCCAUCAUAUGCGUACAUCAUACCCAUUAUGAGCAUCAUCAAUGAUAACAACACCGGAAAUUAUGCUAGUGAACAUGAGAGAUUUGUCCACAAUAUAAGAACCAUUCAGGGAUCUUUGAUAAUAUCAUCUUUUGUCAGCAUCAUUCUUGGAUUUAGCAAAGCAUGGGGAAAUUUCACAAGACUUUUUAGUCCGAUUGUCGUUGUGCCAGUAGUUUCACUGGUUGGACUUGGUCUGUUUGCAAGGGGUUUUCCCCAGCUUGCGAAUUGUGUGGAGCUUGGCCUGCCAAUGCUAGUACUGGUGGUUCUUGUUCAACAGUAUGCAAAACGCCUCCAUGCAAGAGCACACCCCAUCUUAGAAAGAUAUGCGUUGCUUCUUUGCCUCGGACUCAUCUGGGCUUUUGCAGCCAUCCUGACAGCGGGUGGUGUCUAUAACAGAGCCAAGCCGCAAACUCAAAUGAGUUGCCGUACUGAUCGCUCCUUCCUCAUUUCAGCUGCUCCAUGGGUGAGAGUUCCAUACCCGUUCCAAUGGGGUCCCCCCAUAUUCAGUGCAAGCAGCGUGUUUGGAAUGAUGGGUGCCGCACUUGUUUCGUCUGCAGAGACAACGGGAACAUUAUAUGCAGCUGCUCGCCUAUCUGGUGCUACUCCUCCUCCUGCUCACGUUUUGAGCCGAAGUGUAGGGUGGCAGGGCAUAAGCAUGCUACUUGAUGGACUCUUUGGUGCUGCUGUUGGUACAUCUGCUACUGUGGAAAAUGUUGGGCUCCUUGGACUAACGCAUGUAGGAAGCAGAAGAGUUGUUCAAGUAUCAACAUCUUUCAUGAUCUUUUUCUCCAUAUUCGGAAAAUUUGGAGCCUUCUUUGCGACUAUCCCUCUACCGAUAUUUGCUGCCAUCUAUUGUAUUCUGUAUGGAAUCGUAGCCGCAAAUGGGAUUUCCUUCAUUCAGUUUACGAACAAUAACUCCAUGAGGAAUAUGUAUGUUCUGGGGCUGAGUUUAUUUCUUGGAAUAUCGAUACCUUAUUACUUUAUGAGUUACACAAUGGCAAAUAAUCACGGGCCCGUGAACACUGGUGGUGGAUGGUUCAAUGACAUAUUAAAUACAAUAUUUUCAUCGCCUCCUACGGUGGCAAUGAUUGUGGGGACAAUACUUGAUACUACACUUGAAGCAAGAGACAGCGCUAAUGAUAGAGGUGUCGCAUGGUGGAUUCCGUUCCAAAGGAGGAAGGGCGAGGUGAGGAACGAAGAAUUCUAUAGUCUUCCUCUAAGAAUAAACGAGUUCAUGCCUACCAGAUUCAUCAAGUAAAAAUAUGAAAUAUGUACAUUUUGAUUUGAAUUCCAACCUUUUUAUCUUUUUCUUACUCAAACUCCCUCUUAGUCUAUUUAUAGUUAUUGAAUUAAGUUAUGGUAAUGUACUUUUGUAAGAAUGUAUCACAAGUGUGGCUAUGGCCUUUGAGCUUUUUCCUAUUCAUUUCCCAUUUGUUUUCUUGCACUUUUUCCCAUAGGAGGUAGGAACAUCAUUCAUCAUCAAUAAUAUGAGUUCGUUUGGUUCAA